AUGCCGGGGAUUGAACCCGGGGCCUCAUACAUGCAAAGCAUGCGCUCUACCACUGAGCUACAUCCCCUUCCCGUUUCAAAUGAAGAAGGAAUAAAUAGUUGCCAUGCCAACCAGGCCAGAGACAUACAUAACCAGGUUAUUCAGAGCUCUGAGAGGGUACUGCACAGCCUCUGGUUCAUAAAAGACAUUUUUGAGCUCAUUCUUGGAGGCCUCUUUUACUUUUUUGAAAAUGCCUUUUUUCGACUCUUUAUUCCUUAUUGCAAAAAAUAUGUUGAAGGAGAGAUAGUUUUGGUGACUGGAGCUGCAAAUGGGAUUGAAAAACUGAUUGCCAAAGAACUUGGCCACCACAGAGCAACAUUAGUCUUAUGGGAUAUCAACUCAGGCACUGGGCAAGACAGCCAAAGAAUUAAAAUACACUUUCUUGAAGCCCCUGCCAAUCUGGUGGAUAGAAUACUAAGGGUCAAUGUUGCUGCUCAUUUCUGGACUUACAAGGCAUUUCUCCCAGCUUUGUUGCAACGAAACCAUGGGCAUCUGGUCUGUGUGGCAUGCCAUGGAGGGUUGUUUGCAAUGAAUGGCCUUGCAGUCUCAUGCCUGCCAAACUGGGCAUCAUCUUCAUUGGUGGGAUGGAUCUGAUGGAUCACUUCAGAGGGGUUCUUGUACCAUCAUCAGCUACAAAAAGCCUCAGCGCCAACGAAAUGACAGUGUCAGUGAUCCACAAACUACUCUUAUCUAUUACAAUUAGCAAAAAUAAAUAAUCACCAGUGAGUUUAAAUGUAUGAGUAAUAUCAGUCUACUCUAGUUUACCUGCGUAAAAUGAUUACAGAACUGUAAAUAAAUUCCUUUUUUUUCCCUCUGGGGUU